UUCUCUGAGACCGAUCCAUGCCUUCACAAGGCAUUCAUGUAGUGUGUCACCAGUCAGCAGAUCCAGCAGCAUGGCUGAUAUUCAGCGCUUAGAACCUUAUGCCAUUUUUUAAAUUCUAAGCUGAACAGAUGGAAAAUUUUACAGAACUUUGUGAUUCUUAGCUCAUACAAAGCACUGAAACACCAUCAUCCAUUUAAAAGAUUGUAACUUUUUAGAGAAUUUGCAAAAUAAAUUACAACAUAUUGCUGAUUUAUAAUUUUUUUUUCCAGUUGGAUAAAUUGUUUCCAUUGAUAUUUGUCAUACCAAUGAACAAGCAAAGAGUCAAAUUGUUUAUUUAUUCUGUCAAGUACCCUAAUAAAUUUUGUAUUUUUCUUAAAUUGCAAGUUUCUUCAUAACUUUUUUAUUAUUUAUCAUCACAUUUCAAAAUGUAUUUUAGUAAGAGCAGAUACAAAUGUGAACUAAAGUACAAUAAAUAUACAGGUUUUGCAAAUGAAAGGAUUUAUGGAAUAACAUACAUGUAUAAAAUGUAACGUAAUUUUCAUCACCAGCCACUAGGGGUGAAAUUGAGAGCGUGGAUGUGAAAUGCAUAUAUGACCUUUGAUGCAAGAGCCCUGUAAAAUAUAUAACUGUGUACUGAGAGGCAGACAGUCAAAAGGGGCUUAUUUACAUCCUAUAGAUCUCCAUAUGCAUUUAUUCAUAUGUAAAUAUAUGCGCAAAAGCUUCUCAUCUGUCUUUCCCCGAGUGAUGUUUUAGUGACGCUUACUGUUUGUUCUAACGAACAAACACGUCGUGGAUCACAGAGAAGAAACCAAACAACCGGAGCCUUUCAAAGACCACCUUUUGCACCAGCUUUUGCGGGGGGGCACCAUGCCGCAGGCCCUUUUCAUGCACUUGUGGGGUUGACACACUCAGCUAUUACCAAACUGCACCAGACAACCAGCUAUAAUGAAUAAGAGGCCUCUACCUGUUUUCCCCUGUAGGUGUCCAACUUGGCUUCUUGAUUUACAGAUAGCUGUCUCUUUCUUCGCUUGUGUAUGAAGCCUUGCUUCCUGAAAUGAACGAUUAGCCUUUCAUGUUGACGUUUGAGCAAAUGCUCGCGUGAGCGUGACCUCUGGCGACAGUCUCUUGCGGGCAGUCGCCACUCAGUUUCGCUAGGUCUGUGGUGACUUUGUUGGACUAACUAGCCACAUUCGAAGGGUUAAGAGUGUUGCAUACCACCCAGUGGAAGGCAGGGAAGUUUCUGUAAUAAGAGGUUAUUGUCGCUCCAAGAUGACAGAAUACUGGAGUCAUGAGUUUUCACUGGCAGUCUACAUCAUCACCUUCGUGACGGGCCUGCCCGCCAACAUCCUGGCCUUCUACACCUUCACUCUGAAGGUGAAACAGAAGCCCACGCCCAUCGACAUCCUCCUCCUCAACCUGACAGUGUCCGACCUCAUCUUCCUCAUCUUCCUGCCAUGCAAAAUGAUAGAGGCGGCAGACGGCAUGCAUUGGAACAUGCCCUAUUUCCUAUGUCCGCUCUCUGGUUUUAUCUUCUACACCACCAUUUAUAACAGCACCUUCUUCCUCACGGCUGUUAGCGUGGAGCGCUACCUGGGCGUAGCGUUUCCCAUAAAGUACAAGCUGAACCGCCGGCCGCUCUAUGCCGUCAUAGCCAGCAUCUUCUUCUGGGUGGUGUCCAUGUCGCACAUCAGCAUCGUCUACAUCAUGCAUUACACCGGCACAAACAGCUCAGUCCCCAGAAACGUCUGCUACGAGGACUUCUCCAAGGAGCAGCUCAAGAUCCUCCUGCCCGUGCGUCUGGAGCUCUUCCUGGUUCUCUUCUGUAUCCCCUUCCUCAUCUGCAGCUUCUGCUACAUCAAGUUCAUCUACAUUCUGUCCAGGCUGCCUCACAUCAGCCCACACAGAAGACAGCGUGCCAUCGGGCUUGCGAUGGGAACACUGCUGGUCUUCAUGUUGUGUUUUGGCCCCUAUAAUGUGUCUCACGUGGUGGGCUUUGUUACCGGGGGGAGUCCCAAGUGGCGUGCGCAGGCUGUCCUCUUCAGCACCUUCAACGCCUGCCUGGACCCCAUCAUCUUCUACUGCUCCUCCUCCACGGUCAGGAAGAUGCUGAAUCGCAUCCUGAAGGAUCUGGUGGAAAGGCUGCACAUGAGGUGCUGCCAGUGCCCACAGUGGAGCUGCGUUGGGCCGGAGGAAAGCACCACCCAGAGCUCCAACGACACCACCUGAUUGGCUGGCGGUGUGCUUUGGGGAGCGGCUGGGGCUGAGGGCCCCACCCACAUGGACUGGUUCUCUAGGCUGGCCCCUGUGUUUCACAUCAUGCAUUUUUUUAAUGCUAAACGCCGGUAGUGAUGUGCAGAAAAACAUGCAGCCCCAUUCAUCUUGUCACAUCGAAAGAAGAGGUGCUGUUGAUCAUUUCUGGCUGCAUUAGUUCAUCGAUUAGUUCAUUAGUUCAUUCGUUGUUUUGCUUUAUUUGGUCGGUUUAUCCUGGAUGGUGCUUUGCAUGUGACUUCAUAUGCACGUCAUAUAUGUAUAUAUUUACAUGAAGUUGUAAAUAUGUUUAUAUAUUAUAAACAUAUAAUAUAUAUUGUGUUUAUAUGUGGAGUGGCAUUUUUCUCUAUUUAUGUCUAUAGAAUAUUGUCUUUUGUCUGGCAUUAGUAACAAGACUUUUAAUAUGCAUAUUUUUUUAUUAUACAGCAAAACCUUCUGCUAUAAGAAUGUAUACAUGGACAUUUCACUUGAUCCUAUACCAAUGUAGAUUUGCAACAUAAUUUUUAAAAACCUUGUCACAUGUGUUUUAGAGUACGUAGAUGAACACAGUGGUCUCAGCUCAGAAAAUUCACAGAAAUCUAUCUGAAGGAAUCAUGCCGGUGAAUAAUUCACUUAAGUUAACAGAGAAUUUUGGUAAUUUUUAGUAGCUGGUGUUUGUUUGAGGCCAUGAGUUCCUGUUGUAAUGCGCUGCUGUAACACUGUGGUAACGUGCAUCGGCUCGGUGGCUGAAAAGAUCAGACGGCCCAUUAUUCCUGAGCGAGUCUGAUGGAGUCUUUCCGAAUCAUACAUAAUGCUGAUCAAGUGCUGUAAAUCUCGGGAAAUGGGAAUAAAAUGUGGGAGAGUCGUCCUCAGUACAAUAAAGAGAUGAAGUCUAAA